GUUGUUAAACAUUAAGUUGGCCGGAAGUGGUGCCACUUUUCUUCCAGAAGAAGAGUUCACAAUUGAGGUUGAUUGAGAUUGUUAAAAACACAACGCUAUUUGCAAUGCCGUAUGUCAUUGUCAGCACACAAAUUCGACUGGAGUGUGGCCCCACAACUGUUGGGGAUGAGUGGAGCGACAAGGAACUAAUGGCCUAUCUUGGAGCUGAACUCAUUCAGAUUCUGGGAAAUAACUUUAAAGAAUAUCGUACCAAUGAUGUUGUACGCUCGGUGCUCAACAAACUCGAGUUGAAAGGCUACAAAUUGGUGUCCAGUACUGGAGUUGGUCAGACAAUUGUGUUCUCAAUGUACAAGCCAGACUCCUCAAUCUGCGACAAUGCACAUCCGGAAACCAGUUGAUGAAUACAUUUGAGCUGUGCUCGGGGAAAACGGGGCUUAAUGCAAGUGCCUUAAGUUUGUCCCUGAUUAUUCUGUGCAGUAUGGUCAACACUUUCUGCUUGUAUGGUUAUUUUCAUUAUAAGAAAGUCUCUUCAAAGCAAAAAUCUAGGUUAUGCGGAAAGCGUUCUAAAUUAGCCUGUGCAAACUGCAUUGGCUAAUCUUGGACAACACUUUACGCACAUGCAUUAAGCCCCCUUUUCCAAGUGUUAGGCUUAUUUCAUGGCUCGGAAGAAAUGCUGAUUAGAGUACUUUGUUAAUGCAUCAUUAUUUUAUUAUAAUCUAGAGAGAGAUUAUUAUUAUUAUCACUAUUAUACACAUGUACAAUGUUGUAUAUGCUUCUGUUGGCAUUUGUUUAGAAAUCUCUAUUGAUAGUUUGCAUUUGACUUAAUAAUCAUGAAAACAGAUGGUGCCAAAAUUAUUGACUUUUAAUGACAAACAGAAACUGAUUUUUAUUUAAUUUAAGCAUGUUGUUAAGUAUUUCCUUAAAAUUAUAUUCUUUAUUUUUAUUCUUGGGAACACGUUUGUGAUAGCAGUGUUAUUAUGUAAAAUACUUUUAAAAUGAUCAUGCAUGUGUAGUUAAGAACUAGCUAAAUAGCUUUAGAUCUGUAAAUUUCUUGUUUUGUAAGUUUUUAUUUUUUGAAGGGGUUAAAUAUAUUAUUAAAAUGGGUUGAUUAAUUAUGAAUAAACUGUACGGUUAUUGAUGUCUACAGUGAGUAAAUUCGACUUGUGGUUAACUUUAGCUAAUGGUUUUCUUGCCAUUGCAAACAUAGGGUUAAUGAAAAUAUGUGGGUUAAAAUAGGUAGCAAUUUUUUGUUAAGAAAAUGUUUGCUAUUUCUACAGAAUCCUCACUUUUUUUACCUAUUAUGAACAAUAUUAUGAAAAAGAAGAAAAGAAGAGAAAGAAAAAAAGUGAGGGAGGAGAUGAAAUGAAUUUGUAAACCAAAAGAACAAUCACUAAAAUGAUGGAAUGGCCGUUAUUUACACCUUCAACAGUAAGAUGAAUAAAUGGUUUACUGCCAAAGGCAGUUUACUUGCACUGUUUAGAAGAAUUUUUGUAAGAUUUCAAAUUUCAAUCUAUAUAAUAUCUUACUAAAAUACAUCCUCAAAGAAAA